AUGCACUACAAGACCCUUUCCUUGCUCCUUCUGACUGCCACUGCCCUGGCUGCACCAGAGGCCAGGCCCGAGGCGGCCCCUGAGGCUGUUCCUGAAGGCGCUCCCGAAGCUUCUCCGGAAAAUCUUGACAAGAGACAGUCCGACUACUACUCGAGCCUCAUGAACGAGCUUGACAGCAUGACUGACAUCAACUGGGAGCAAUACUUGACCAACACCGACUGGGUCGGCAUGGCCACCAGCAACAACGACGAUUUUGGCGGUUUCGCAACCAAUACCGCCGUUCGCAACGCUCCGACAAACACUCAAAUGGGUGGCAUCCCGACUGACUUCGGAAAUAUCGGCUCCUUCUCCAUGCCACCCGUGCCCACCCUCAGCUAUGCCGGCAUGCCUCCUCCGUCCAUUGCUUCUGUGCUCAUCACUGCUGUUCCUUCCUCAUACAUGGCUGAGCUGGCCAACCCCAGUGCUCGCUCAUCCCUCAUCCAUGAAAUCCAACAGGGUCACUACCCUGACUGGUACAGCAAGCUGCCUAACAGCGUCAAGCAGUGGAUCUCGACCAACUAUGCUUCCAUGACUGCUGCCGCAGCAACGGCCACCGGGAACUCGGGCUCCUCUGGCUCUGGGUCUGGAUCCAACGGAUCUGGUUCUCAGGGCUCUGCGUCGAGCUCCAGCUCGCAUGGCGCUGCUCCUGCUGCCACUGGUGCCAUUGCGGCUAGCCUUGCGGGUGCUGCUGGAAUUCUUGGUCUUGCCCUGGCUCUUCGCGCUCAUUAUCUCCUGAAAAUGGCGCUUUUAUUUCUGAAACAAAAACUUUUCCCGACCAAAGGACAACAACCCCGGUCAGAUAGCUAUGGCAAACCUCUCUUAUCAGCAAGCGAUUCCGACACUAUAGGCAGCGAUGCGGACCAAGAUCUCGAAGCUCAAAGAUCCUAUAGUACCUUCAACACAAAUCAACCGGACUCCGAGUCCGUUUCAUCGAAUUCCUCUAAUUCCCGAUCACGCAUCAACCCACGCAUCAUCUCGGAUGCCAUCCUGGGUCUAUCCGAUGGCCUCACUGUCCCCUUUGCGCUGAGCGCUGGUCUCUCUGCGCUGGGAAAUACCAAAGUCGUCGUGCUGGGUGGACUUGCCGAGCUGGCAGCUGGUGCCAUCUCCAUGGGCCUGGGUGGAUACGUCGGGGCUAAGAGUGAAGCAGAGUCGUAUCAAGCGACCGUCCGUGAAACAAAACAGUUGAUCGAGACCUCCCCUGGUGAAACCAGCACCAUCGUCCACGAUGCAUUCUCCGCUUAUGGUCUACCGGAAGACGCCAUCUCGCAGAUCAACGCAUCGCUGCAUGCAUCGCACGAUCGUCUCCUUGACUUCCUCGUCUCGUUCCACCACAAGGAGACCCAGCCUGAUUGCAACCAGGCGUGGAUCUCCGCCAUCACUCUCGCCCUGGGGUAUUUCGUUGGAGGGUUCAUCCCGCUCAUACCUUACUUCCUGGUCGACCAGGUCAUCGUGGCGCUGUACUGGAGUAUUGGCGUUAUGGCUGUUACGCUGCUUGCGUUUGGGUACAUCAAAACCUGUGUCGUUCGGGGUUGGCGCGGUAGGGACAACAUCGUUGCGGGUAUCAAGGGUGGUGUGCAGAUGUGCUUUGUUGGAGGCGUAGCGGCUGGAGCUGCUAUUGCGCUUGUGCGGGUUAUCGACCAGGGCUCUGCUUGA